AUGCGCAUCGUUGCUGUUCCCAUUCUACGUAAUCGCUGGGCCUACUACUGUCAUUCAUCGCUCCCGUCGACUUCACGUUUAACCCAAUUUGUCGACUGGUCGAGUAAAAAGUGGGAUCAGCUGGGCACCGCCGACGACGGCACUUGGAAAAAGAAGCUGUACGUCAAAGGUAACCAUGUCGUGAAUCAACUGGAUUACCAGGAAUGGUUCCUCAAAGGCGUUCCUAUCCGAGAACAUUUGAAAGAACCCGUGGAAAAGGCGACCAUCGAGUAUACUUCCUUAUUAAACGAAAAAGAAAUCCACACCCAUUUGCAACAGUUUCUGAAGGAGAGAGGACCGUAUCAUUACAAGUAUAUGAAAUAUUCCAUGUAUUGGGUCCCUGUUUCAUGCCUGUUCGUCGUUGUACCCUUGAUCCCCAAUAUUCCACUCGCCUAUAACCUGUUUCGUCUAUACAGUCACUACAAAGCUUACAAAGGAGUGCAGCAUAUCGAAGCGUUGAUGCAGAAUAAUACAUUGGAUUUCGCUACAAACAGCACCAUGGAUCACAUUCUGCUGAAAAAAACAUUCGCAUCAAGCCAUGACGUCGUUUUUCCGUCAGACAUUGUCGCUUCGUUUACAGAAUCUCCGUCUAAACCUAAUCUGCAGAGGUUGGAAGACGACGUUGAUGGCGUGCUGGAUCUUCAAACCAUAUCCCAGCUGGCUCACGAACUCGAUAUGGGCCCCUUGGAACUUGAACUGAAACGGGCGCGAUUCCAAAUUUUGUCAGAAGUGGCACACCAACGCUUUGCUCAAUCUACAUCGAAGGGUUCAUCCUGA